GCCUCGCUGAUGGUGUGAGUCAUGGGGGUUUCUGGGCACAGCGGAGCUGCUGGUGGCACACACAUUACUGGGGACCCUCAGUUGUCUCCACAGAAGCUCCAGGCUACCUGCACACCGUGCCACCAGCACAGCACACAGCCCACCGUCCUCCUGCCAGCACCCGCUCCAGCAGUGUCCCCCAGCCAUGGGGGCUGUCACCAAGGCUGUCACCGUGCUGUCACCACCAGCAGAAUCCCAGACCUUUCUCUGAGACAGGUUCUGCCCCUGAACCUCUCUGUGUUGCCUGUCCCAGGAGGGACUGCCAGGGUUGCAGCAGCCAGCACCCGGGAGGGGGCGGUGGCCGAGUCCCAGACCACGCUGGCCUUGGCCCUGAGCUGCCGACACCUCGGGGACGCGCCGGACACACCUCCGGGGAAGCGCCGCGGGGCUGGGGCUUUCCCUAUUUAGCUGCGGGGCUCGGCUGUGCCAGCCGCACUGCGGGCAGCCGUCCGGCCCUCCGCCGCGAUGCAGCGGGCUCCCAACCUGGUAGGUACCGUGCCGCGGCGCGGGGCUGCCUGUUCGCUUCCCUUCUUUAAUGCCAUUAUGUACACGCGUGUUUGCGGGUGGCUACCUGGCUCUGUUUGCUUUGGAGAUGCUCAUCCCGGCCCUGCUGGGCCCGUCGCCCCCGUGCACGGCACGGAGGGGACAAAGCAGGGAGCAAACCUGCGGUGGCCUGAGGGAAGCGCGGCGCAGCCCAGGAGGAGAGCGCGGCACUCUGCCUGGACCCUGCACGCACGCAGGAUGGUGUCACAGCGGGACCACGGGCAGGGCGUGGGGCUGCCUCGGCCGGCUGCAGCCACACGGAGAGCAGCGCUACAGAAAGCAACUUUGUUCGGCACUGGGCAGCAUGCCGGCUGCCGGCACACGAAGCUCAGCCCUGCGAGGCCGGAGGGAGAAGGAGAGGAAAAGGCACCUUUCUUUCUCUGUCCUCAGAGCACAGAGGGAGAGGAGGAUUUGGAUAAAGAUCUCAUUCUUGCAUGUCUCAUCUCUGUGGCUCCUUGUAAACGAAAGGAGCCCCAGGUACACCCUGAGCUGGAUGUGUGCGCUUGCUUGGGGCACGGGGACACCUGGGGAUGCUCAGAGCAGGCACAGGGCCCUUUGGGCUCGGCUCCCUGCACAAGGGGCUCUGCAGCCAUGGGUAUCUCCUGGGGCUCACCACGACCAUGUGCUCACCACGCAGCAUGCACGGCGCCACCCAAUGCCAGGAAAUUGGGCCGAGUGUCCACCCCUAGGCAGGGAUGCAUCCUUUUGCACACGCUCUGCAGCGCAGGGCAGCCACGCACUGCACUCCUUUCUCUUCAGCUUCUCCUCUGCAUCUUCACCUUUGCCAUGGUUCUGGUGCCAGAAGCCAAGGAUGAAAGCAGAGCAGCCAAGGGGAGGAGAAGGGGCCCUUCACGGCUCCCCAUGGCCGCUCCCGCCCUGGCCAGGGCCCCCGACGACCUCUACACUCCAAUGGAGGACUACGAGCGCAGCAUCCAGGACAUGGUGCACCAGUUGAGGAAUGGCUCCGAGCCAGGCGACACGAAGUGCCAGGUCAAUCUGCGGCUCUGGAGGUCCAACCGCAGGAGCCUGUCCCCCUGGGCCUACAGCAUCAACCACGAUGCCACUCGGAUCCCGGCAGACAUCCCUGAGGCCCGGUGCCUCUGCACCGGCUGCAUCAACCCCUUCACCAUGCAGGAGGACCGCACCAUGGCCAGCAUCCCCAUCUACAGCCGGCUGCCCGUCCGCAGGCUGCUCUGCCAGGCGCCAGGCGAGGUGGGGCACAAGGCCUCCGGGAGGAAGAAGUGUCAGAAGAAGUACCAGAUGGUCAUGGAGACCAUCGCUGUGGGCUGCACUUGCAUCUUCUGAGGCUGCAUAAUGAACGCCCAAAGUCAUCUACGGGCCUCUAAGCAGCUUGCUCUUGCUUAUCAAGCAUCGCCAGGCCCAGCAUUGGGGCAAGGAGUGCCUCCAAGAGCUCCCCGAAAUCCCCCUGCAGAUUCCACCAGCCUCAACCCAGGCUGGGAACACCCAGUGCUGGGGCAGCCCUGCAAGCAGCCCAGCACAUCAUCCUGCCUCUGGUCUCGCCAAGAGCUUUUGAACCCCCAGUGAAAGGCCAAGGAGAAUGGAAGGGGAAGGUCCUCACCCCCAGCCCCAUGUGCAAACUGCAGCCCAGGGCCUGGCAUAGAGGCAGGGGGUGGGGAGCAGCUGUUCUCCAGAGGAAGCUGAGGCAGCUUUUGAGGUCCUAAAUAAUAAAGUGCAUUGCUGGCCUCUGUCUGACCCGCUCCAUGCCUCAGCCCGUGGUGCUGCCUGGGCUGGAGGGGCUGUGCCCAGCAGGGAGGAGCAG